AUUUAUAACAUAUAUAAAAAUGAUGGAGGAAGGAGAAAUUCCAAAUGGUGAUGGUUAAAGAAAUGGUAUAUUUGAAGAAGGUGAGCGUACUCCAGAAUGGGAUUAAGAGAGAUCACUUUCAAAGCAUAAGAAGGGAAAGAUGAAAAAGAAUAAGAAAAGAAGUAGAAGCAAAGAAAAGGAGAGAGAUAAGAAAAAUAAAAAAAAACACAAAAAAGAAUUAAAUAGAAAAGAGAGGAAGGACGAUAAAAAGAUAGUAGAUUAGCAAUAAAAAUAAAAGUAACUUUAAGAAGAAUAAAAGCAAGAAUAAAGUAUUGGAAAUUAAUAAUAAUAAUAAUAAUAAUAGGAAGUUUUUAUUACAAAGGAAGAUGAAGAGUAAAAUGCAUAAGAAUUAGAUAUUGAAGAUGAAGAAGCUAUAUAUUUAAGAAGAAAAUAGAUGAGAGAAGAAUUAUUUAAAAAAUUGGAACAAGAGAUAUAAGUUUCACCUGAGAAAGAAAAUGAUUAAGGAUUUACAUUUGAUUAGCCAUAAUAAUAGAUUGAUGAAAAUAAAUAGAGUUAUUUUCGUAUGCUUGAUUAAUAAAGGAAUCGUAAUUAAUAUAUUAAUUAUAUAGUAAAAAAUUAGGAAGAAUAAUAAUAAUAGUAAUAAUAAAAGACAGGAUAACCUUAAAAGAAAGUAAUUCUAGAUAUGUUUGAUGAAUUAGAUGAUGAACUAGAAAAUGAUGAUUUAAAUAUGAUGGUUAGACAUAAUACAAAUGCAUCAUAUGAGGCUGAUGACGAUAAAUAUUAUAGAAUAACAAUUGGAGAAAUGAUCAAAGAUUAUAAGAUAAUUAAUAAAUGUGGGAAGGGUGUUUUUGGAAAUGUUUGUAAAGCAAUUAAAGAUGGAUAAGAAUAUGCAAUUAAAUUUAUUAGAGCUGAAGAUAUUUAUAUCAGAUCAGGAGAAAGAGAAAGAUAAAUAUUGAAAUAAUUAAAUGAAGCGGAUCCAAAUAAUAAAAAACAUAUUUUAAGGUUAAUUGAAAGUUUUGAACAUAGAAAACAUUUAUGUUUAGUUUUCGAAUCAUUAGAUUUAAAUCUUAGAGAUGCUUUAAAAGUAUAUACAAAAGGUUAAGGAUUAGAUCUACCUGCUAUUAGAUCUUAUGCUAUGUAAUUAUUUGUUGCCCUAGCUCAUUUACGAAAAAAUAAAAUCAUACAUGCUGAUAUUAAACCAGAUAAUAUUUUAAUAUCAACUGAUACCAAAUUAUUAAAAUUAUGUGAUUUUGGUACUGCUUUUACUAUUGAUGAAGUAACAGUUGUAGAAUAUCUUGUAAGUAGAUAUUAUCGUGCUCCUGAAAUUAUUAUUGGUUAUCCUUAUGAUACAAAUAUUGAUGUUUGGGCUACUGCAUGCACAUUAUUUGAGUUAUUCACAGGAUAAUUCUUAUUCUCUGGGGAUAAUAAUAAUGAUAUGUUGAAAUUACAUUUGUAAACUAUGGGUAAAUUCUCAAUGAAAAUGUUAAGAAGAUCUGCUUUGACAUCUAAAUAUUUUGAUUAACAUCUUAAUUUUAAGAGUAGAGAAAUUGAUCCAAUUACCAAAUAGGUUAUUUUUAAGCCUGUUUUGUUGGGAGAAAAACCAAUCAGAACUAUAGGCACACUUUUAAAAAAUAAAGAAUAAACUUUAAAUGCUGAAGAUUAAAAAAUGCUUUUGUAAUUUAAAGAUUUAUUAGAAAAAUGUUUGUAAUUAGAUCCAAAAAAUAGAAUUACUCCUGAAGAUGCUCUUUAUCAUCCAUUUAUUAAUGUUGCAAUGGCAAAUUCUUAAACCAAAAAAGUAUGAC